AUGGUCAAACGCGCUAAAACGCCGCCUCUUGAUGAUGGUGCAAAGUUCCUUACCGUGCUCCAGCCGUAUCCCUUUCGCCCCGACAUGGAACAUGAAGGACACCAGAAGCGAUUGGCGUGGUGGAUCGCCUCGUGCAUCGACGCCGCCUACUUCCGAUGCUUUUAUUACCGGAUCAUCUCCCCCGGAGCUGUGAUCCUCGAGGUGGACAAGGGCUUGGGCACAGACGGCUUCAACAAACUGCUGGGAGCCCACAAGUGGGGGGAGUUCCUAAACAAUCCCGGGGACCAAGCGGGGCUGGAGUCCAAGAUCUUUUACUGCACGUACUCAUCUGGCCGCGAGGUGCAGAAACACGGGUGGAAGCGGGUGGACGUGACCGACGCAUGGGUUAUGAACCAGAAGGCCAUCAAUAAGCUGUUCGUGUCUCCCUACCCGCAAAGCCAGUGGUGCGCGGUUCCCCGCCGCAUUGACGACGUCAUCCAGAACGACCUUUGUCGCCCGCUUCCAACGCAGCAAUUUCCUCCUCCUCCUCCAACCAAGCCUGCGCCUGUGGUGGGAACAGCAGAGUGGCAGCGACAGAGGGAUGCUCCUGCAGGUGUGCGCGGUCCAAGCAAACCCCAGAGCUCCGGUAGCACCCCGCAAACCGUUCCCGGAACACCCGCCAUCGUUUCCCCGCCGCCGUCCUCUGCGUCGUCGGUGCACCACGAAUCCCUUUCGGGAAGCGACGAUCCACUGUCGCCUGUGACCCCCAACGACCGCAUCCUUUCAAUCGUGGACCUCGCUCUGGAAGAGGACGAAGACGACGCGGACUACGACUACUUCGAUGGGAAUCCAGUAGGCGACAUCCCCCUCGACCCAAGCAAGUAUCCCGUGAUGACCACCACCGCGGUGCCGGAGAAAGUCACCGUUGUCGAGAACCUGUGGGCAGACUACGCCGAAGAGGGCUCCGACGACGACUACGAAUUCGACGACGAGAAGGAUGACGACCAGGAAAUCAUGAAGGAGGUCGAGAAGGAUGACGCCGUCUGCCGCGUGCACGGCGUCGUCUGCGCGAAAGGCGUCUGCAAGUUCCAGGGCAAGCUGAAGCGCGAGGCGAUCAUCGCCGAGCGCAACAAGGAGAUGCAGAAGAUGCGCGAGGAGUCCGCUCGCAAGCGGGCGGCGCGUGAGGAGAAGAUUGCGAAGAAGUUCGAUCAAGCCGGCGACAGCGCGGGGGCGCGCCAGCCUCCUUCGCACCUACGCCCGACGGUCGCAGGCCGAAAACUCCCCUCACACCUCCAGGCCGGCGCUCCACCACUCUCCCCAGGAACAUCGGUGCCGUGGUUCCCAGUUGACAUCACUCAAGAGUCGCUCGCAGCGCCUCCGCCUGACGCACAGUCGUCCGUAGGCUGGAGCGGCCCUCAGGAUCGUCCUCAGGACUGGGCACCGGCCGCGGGGCCCAAAGCACAGUCCAGUGCAGGCUGGGAUGGCCCCAAGGAUCACCCUCAGGACUGGGACGACCCCUCACCGCCCACGCAGAGGCCCGCACCGCAAACCAAGAAGAUGCCAGCGCACCUCAUGAAGCCCAAGCAGAUGCCCGCACACAUCCGGCCGGCCGCUCCCCCGCCGACGCCUCCCACUCCCCCCGCGCUCACUCCUCCCGCCGCCUCCCCGCCUCCCCCCGCGCAAGACUGGGGCGCGUUCUCCGGCAAGGGCAAGGGCAGACCGAACCCCGCCUCCGGCACUGUCAAGACCGGCUCCUGGACGCGCGCGCAGGGCCCCGCCGUGCCCGCCGCGGGCGGCGCACGUCCCUUCGCCACCGCGUGGGGCAAGGCGCCGUCCAUCUCCGCGUCCUCCGCCGCGCGCAACCACGACAGCUGGAGCGAGAGCGCGCCGAGCGAGGCCGGGGACGCGUUCCCCGCGCUCAACGACGCCGCGAGCACCGCGUCCAGCGUCCGCUCCCAGUCCCGCGGCGCGCCGAGCACCCGAGGCAGCGGCAACGGCAACGGCAACGCUCGCGCCGGGCCCUCCGCCGCCAGAGGUGCUGCGCGAGCGCCGAUGCGGGGAUGGGGUAUGUGGGGGAAGGACCAGCCGGCGAUGUCGACGGCGGCGCCCGGGGCUGGACGCCAGGACGGGCCGUGGGGGAACAGCGAUGCGGUGCGCGCCGCGCGCCCGCCUGGGCAGCCGGGCGCGGCGGUGCGCUCGCGGACGUGGGCGGAGGAGAUGGACGACUACGACGGACGGUCCGUUGCGCCGAGCACGAUCAGCACGGCGACGUGGGCUGCCCCGGAGCCUUUCUGA